GGGACAUCGGGGGGACACAGGACAGGGACACCGGGGGUGGCUCGGUGACACCGGGGAACACAGGACAGGGACACCCGGGCAGCGGCGGGGCCAUGGCGGGGCUGAAAACGGCGAGCGGGGAGGAGAUCGACGGCUCCUUCGAGCUGCGGGUGGAGGUGGAGGAGGGCGAGGAUGUGGGGCAGGGAGGUUCCGUGGGGCAGGGAGAGAAUGUGGGGCAGGGAGGUUCUGUGGGGCAGGGAGGUUCUGUGGGGCAGGGAGGUUCUGUGGGGCAGCCCCACGUCCUCACCCUCUGCGUCACCGGGGAGCUGCACAUCGGGGCCCUCACGCGUCGCAUCGCGGAGACCUUCGGGGACCCCCGGGACUGGUCGGACCACGCUCUGUGGUGGGAGCAGCAGCGGCGGUGGCUGCUGACCCCCGGCCCCACCCUGGACGCGCUGGGGGUCGGGGGGGGGUCCCGGCUCCUCUUCACCCCCCGGCACCGCCCGCUGCGGCUGCGCCUCCCGGCCGGGGGGGUCCUGAGGCUGCGGCUCAACUUCGCUGGGACCCCCGGGCGGGCGGUGGCGAGGGUCUGCGGGCUGCUCGGGAUCCCCCACCCCGAGGAGCUCUCGCUGCUGUGGCCGGAGCGGGGGGAGGGGCCGAGGGGCCGCGACGCCCCCCAGGCCCCCCCCGACCUGGACCUGACGCACCUGAGACCCCGGGCAGACGAAGCCCCUCCCCCCGCGCUGCCCCCCGAGCUGCUCCAGCCCUUGAGGGUCCCCAGAUUUGGGGUUCGGGACCCCCUGGGACCCUCCCGGAGCCCCCCCGGGAACGCCCUGGCCCGGCGGGCGCGGCUGCACGCGCGCUGGUUGGAUGUGGGGCGGUCGCUGAUGGAACAGGGCGUGGCCGAGGAUGAGGAGCUGCUGCUGCUCUUCAAAUACCCCUGCGCUAUGGGGCUGGACCCACAGGACGGGCUGCGGCUGGAGCUGCUGCAGGAGCAGGCGCUGGGGGCUCUCCUGGCCGAGGACAUCGACUGCACCGAGGAGCAGGGGAUGCUCUUUGCUGCCCUCCAGUACCAGAUAGAGGGGCCGGAGUGGGGGGAUGGGGGGAACCCCCGGGACCCCCCCGAGCCCCAGGACCUGGACACGGCCCUGGACAAACUGGAGCUGAGCCUGGGGGGCAGCGGGACCCCCGGGGCAGAGGAGGAGCUCGGAGCCCCCCCUGAGCUGGAGGAGGAGCUGGAGAUUCACAGGCCCUCGCCGUGGCCGUUCCGGGGGUCCCGCCCCACCCGGGCUCUGCUCUCGGGGUCGUCGCUGUCGCUCUGGACCCCCCCAGGCUCGGGGGGCACCCGAGAGCAGCUGAACCUCCGCGGCUGUGAGGUGACCCCCGAGGUGGAUUUGGGGGCGCAGAAAUUCGGCAUCAAAAUCCGGAUCCCGACGCCGGGGGGGACGAGGGAGACCCUCCUGCGGUGCCGUGAUCCCCCCCAAUUCGCCCGCUGGCUCUGCGGCUGCCGCGUGGCCUCGGGGGGGGGGUCCCCACCGGCCUCAGAGCUCCGGGCUCAGAUCCGGGGGAUCCUGGGGGUCCUGGGGGUGCAGCCGGACCCCCCCGGGACCCCCACCCGGCCCCCCCCGGACCCCCGGCGGCUGCUGCCCCCCCGCUUCCAUCGCCGGCUCAAAGGCAAGCAGUUCACCCAGCGGCUCCUGGAGGUUUUGCACCGGGUGGGGCCCCUGAGACCCGCCCAGGCCCGGCUGCGCUUCGUGGAGACCUGGAGGGCUCUGCCCGGCUUCGGACUGGGACACUUCGUGGUCAGGUUUCGGGGUGCAGCGCACCAGGAGGUUUUGGCCGUGGGGCCCUCGCGGCUGCUCCGGAUCGAGCUCGGAUCCGGCGCCGUCACCCGGAGCUGGAGCUACAGCGACCUGCACCAGUGGGAUGUGAACUGGGACAGCCAGCAGGUGCGGCUGUGGCUGAGCGGUGACGUCACCCUGGGGCUCCAGGUGCUCUCGGCCCCCCCCCGGAUGCUGCACCAGUUUUUGGGGGGGUACCUGGCCCUGGCGGGGGGGUCCCGGGACCCCCGGGAGCUGCAGAGGCUCAUGGAGGGGGGGUACGACCCCUGAGCCCCCUCCUCAAAAAUGUCACCCCCCACCCCCACAAGGCUGAACACGAUCCUGGCUCAAAGGGACUGCGGCGUUUG